UGUGGCGCAAUGAGGUUUCUUGAUACAUAAGCGCCCGCGAAUCAUAAGGCCACUCUUUGCCCUGUAGCUGCGUCGGGAGCGCAGCUCAAUAAGUUUAACUCUCGAUCAUGCAUUCUUGAUGAACUCUCCCAGCCCAUACUCAGCCGCAAAAUAACACUACGCGCAUCAGGUUGCUUGAUGAACCAGAUCUUCUUGAUGUUUUUUCACGUUAUCAUCGGGAGUUCCAUUCCUUCUUUCCUUCAAUCUGAGCUCAAACUCUCUCAAAACUCCUCUCUAUUUAUUACGAGUUUGACCUCGGAUAUUCCUUCAUGGCGGAGAGCUCAAGCGUCGAAUAUCCAGGCGUCGGUGACACCGUAGUCGAGGUUCAGGACUCCGUUAUCCAUGCGUUCGACGCCCUCGAAAUCUUGGGGGCUGCGGGGUUUUUCCUCAUCGCGUCGACAGCCUUGCUAUCUCACCGUGUUCAGCGCCAUCCCACGUGGUUCAGUUUUUGCGUGUCCUGGAUAAUUUCCUGCAUUUCCUACAUUCUCCUAGCUAUUGCAGGACAGGCAAUGGAGGUACAACCAGCAUUUGGACUUUGUGUCACUCAAGCGGCUCUGAUUUAUGCGGCUCCACCUCUGACGGCUUGCACAACAUUCUCAUUAGCCUUCUAUAUGCUCACUCAUAUCAAGUCAUGUUUUGACAACUUACCCGCACGAGAUGAUACCCUCACUGUGAGAUUGGUGCUCCUACUAGGUCCUUAUUUGAUCUGGUCUGGCAUUUUUGCUGGAAUUUUGGUUUCUGGUAUCAAACAGCCUAUACUGGUUCGCAAGGCAUUGAAUGGAACCUAUUGCGAUAUCAAAUCACAUCUACCGUCCAAAGUGUCGUCACUAGUCGUCGUUGUAUCCACCAUAGGUGUUAUUACCAUUUCAGUGUUCGUGGUUGUUCAGUUGUAUCGUAAUCGUAGAAGACUGGGAUCUAGCACGGAAUACGUGGCGGCCGCCGUUCGGGUGGUUACAUUCGGCCUAGUUGGGUUGCUGGCUCUGAUCGUCAGUGCAAUUUAUGUCUUUACCAAUAGACAAGGCGCGGAAUUUGACAUUAUUCUGGCGUUGGUACCCAACUUUGGUGUAGUCAUUUUCGGCAGCCAAGCGGAUAUCGUGCGCGUCUGGAUGACGCCGCUCAAGAUCGGAAGUUCCCACUUUGAAUUCAAUAGCAGCGAGACGUCGACCCAAGAUCUGGUACCACACACAGAGCGUCCGAGGCCGAGAAAUUUGGUAUAGUAUUCACGGCUGAUGAUAUGUCGGCCCUGGACAGGCCAGUCCAGAAGAACCGCUAGCCGGUAAAUGUAGUGGAUGUUGUAGACGUCAGUUAACUGUUUGUACUUGUAUCAUUCUGACAAUGAAUUGGUCGCA